AAAACCAGUCACCUGACCCGAGCCUCCCAUCCACAAUUUCUCUCCCUAGGCCUCUACACUCACCACCAUCAACAAACCCAUACACCCACCCAGCCACCCACACCAGCCAUAACCAAAAUGAAACCCCCGAUCCCCUUCCCCCUCGCCCUCAACAUCGGCACCGACAUCGUCCACCUCCCCCGCAUCGCCCGCCUCCUGACCCGCCACAACGGGACCUACCUCGCCCGCUUCACCCGCCGCAUCCUGCACCCCCGCGAACAAGCCGACUUCCGGGCGCGCUUCCCGCUGUCCUCCUCCCCGGUACCUCUACACAAUCCUCAAACCCAGUCCCAGGCCCAACCCCAAUCCCAGACUAAGUCCCAUCCCCAUCCCUCACCGCUCGAAUUUCCUGAGACAAUCACCCCGGACAUGACCCGCUGGCUCGCGGGGCGGUUCGCCGCCAAGGAGGCCGCGCGCAAGGCGGCGCCGCGGGGCGCCGCGCAGCUCGGGUGGAAGGAUGUGAUUGUGCGGGUGAGUGCGGUCGACGAGGGGCGGCCGGAGGUGGUAUAUCUGGGGGCGUCGGAGGGGGACAGGCUGGGCAAGUUGUCGAUCUCGCAUGAUGGGGAUUAUGUGGUUGCGAUGGUUUUGGCGGCGGGGUGAGUUUUUUGGGGGGGUUGUAGGGGUCUGGGGAGGGGGCUGCUUGUGGCGUUUGGGUGUUUGGGUGUUUGGGUGCUGUCUUGGUCUAUGGAUCAUUGGGUGGAGGGGGGAUAUAAUGGGUAAUGGGUAUUGCAGGAUGGGGAAAAGGGGGUAUGCUGUGGAUAAUAGGUCAGAUGUGCUGGAUUGGGGGUUAGACUAAUGGUAUCAGGGCUUGGAGGUUGGGGUUGUAGAUGAGGGUUGGGUUGUUGGAGGGUUGUGGUAUCGCAGCUUAUAAGUCAACAGCAUUAGGCUCUUGCUCUUGGAGCGUUCAGCGAGGCGAUAAUCACUGAGAUGGACUUACGUGUAUGAACGUGCUGCUCCUAAAUACCCCUGUAUAAUCAAAUGCGAUAGCGCAAUCAUAAUCAACCUAGGCAGAGC